CAAUUCAAUCACAGUUUUCAGGACAAGCUGCAUGAAACUUAUCGGCAACGUCGUGAUCGAAUUCCUGUAGCUUCAAAAGUAUCGAUGUGCGAUCUUCUUGCAGCAACUGUUAGCCUUCUCACCGUUGAUAAAGUGCUAAUGGCCGAUCGCCCGGGUGAUCGCGGUGGCAGACCGUCCGAAUUACGUGCUCCUCCACCAGAAAUGCCAUCGUGGAAAAAGGAUCGCGCCCCUGGAGGUACAUUUAACUGA